UUCACAUGUGGUGCUCUGUUAGGCCUCUCUAUUUUUUCCAUUCUGUUUCCUGAAAAUCUUUUCCAAAACGCUUUACUGACCUUUAUUGUAUUAAUUACAAAAAUCCAUAUUUCUGUUCUGCUUUUUUUUUUUCUUACAGGCAGCAUCGUAAAAUCUUAAUCAAGUCAAAAUGGCUUUUAGCAAUCUGGCAUCCAAGGCUGUGCUACUGUAUGAUGAAUGGAUUAAAGAUGCCGAUCCAAGACUGGAAGGCUGGCCACUCAUGUCUUCACCUUUUCCGACAACCUUUAUCAUUGGAACCUACAUUUACUUUGUCACUUCCUUGGGACCCAGACUCAUGGAAAAUAAAAAACCUUUUGAACUCAGGCAGAUAAUGGUGUUUUAUAAUUUUAGUGUGGUAGCCCUCUCUUUGUAUAUGACUUAUGAAUUUCUUAUGUCGGGCUGGGCCACAGGGUAUUCGUUCCGGUGCGAUAUUGUUGACUACUCGAGGUCGCCUACAGCUCUAAGAAUGGUGCGAACUUGUUGGCUUUACUACUUUUCCAAGUUCAUUGAGUUAUUAGACACUAUAUUUUUUGUGCUGCGUAAGAAAAACAACCAAGUUACAUUCCUGCAUGUCUUUCAUCAUUCCAUCAUGCCAUGGACCUGGUGGUUUGGAGUCAAAUUUGCUCCAGGUGGUUUAGGAACAUUUCAUGCUUUGCUGAACUGCAUUGUCCAUGUUAUCAUGUACACUUAUUAUGGAAUCUGUUCUUUGGGACCAGCUUAUCAUAAAUAUUUGUGGUGGAAAAAAUACAUGACCACUAUACAACUUGUCCAGUUUAUGAUGAUUACAGGCCAUAUAGGACAAAUCUACAUCAUGGAUGAUUGUCCGUACCAGUAUCCGAUUUUCAUGUUUAUUAUUUGGUUAUAUGGCUCUAUGUUUUUAGUCCUGUUUCUCCACUUCUGGUACCACGCUUACACGAAGGGACAAAGACUACCAAAGAUGGCAAGAAAUGGGAUCAACAAAGAUCAGUGAAACAAA